AGAUUUCCAUAUAUUUGAUUACUACUUUUUAAAUUUAAUUUUAAAGUCAUAUGAUAAAAUUUUAAUUAUUCUAUUAUUAUGAAUUAUAAUUAAGAUUGAAUGUCAAUAUAAUAGGCUGUAAAGUUACCGACAGAGUGAAAAAAAUAAAGAUGGCGUUGCUCUCUAUUAUUGAUUAUUAGUGUGUCACAAUAAAAUCGUCGAAUGCAGUAUUUUUACUCAGUGUUUUUCUAACUCUCCCAACUACUGCAAGUCAUUUAUCACGAAAACAGAAAAAUAAAUCCAUAGUUUCAUUCCCUAAAGUGAAUCAGUCAACAGUCAAAAUAAUUCCCUCACGGAUAAUCAUGGAGGCGUGUAAUACGGUUGAGCGUGAGCUCGACAAAGUAUUGCGUAAAUUUGAGGAUAUCAAUGAGAAGGCUGGUGAAGUGUUGAGUGAUUUAAUCAAUGAGAUUGAAACGUUGAAACGAGAAUUGGACGAAGCACCUCCUGAACAAGAGUUGACACCGAGUCAAGUCCAAAUACUCAAACAAGCGAUGAAAAAAGUCCGUGACACUGUUCAAGAUUUGGCUACUAAUCAUCGUGAGUCCCACAGCACAGUCUCCAAAGUUGGAAAAGCAAUUGACAGAACUUUCAUUGCGGAUUUUGCUAGUACCAGUAGGGAAGAUGUAUUCAAUAGUGCUGAGAAAACACAUCUUUUGAAUCAAGUGAUUUGUCAACAUUUUUAUCGACAAGGAAUGCUGGAUAUUGCGGAUGAACUUGCUGCUGAAACUGGCAUAAAGACUGAUGAAGGAAGGAAAGAGCCAUUCACAGAAUUGAACUAUAUACUCGAUUGUUUAAAACAGAGAAAUCUCGAGCCCGCUUUAGAAUGGGCUUAUAAUCAUAGAGAUGCACUUCUCGGCCAGAACUCAUCACUAGAAUUUAAACUUCAUAGAUUACAAUUCAUAAGACUAGUGGAACAGGGCCCUAGUAGUCAAGCUGAGGCAGUUAUGUACGCACGAAAACAUUUAACGCAAUUUGUAAAUCGUCAUGAGAAAGAGGUACAGUCCCUGAUGGGGACUCUAUUGUAUCUGCCAAAUGGAAUACAAUCAUCGCCCUACAGUCAUUUAUUGGAUCCAACAUUAUGGCUGGAUAUUCAUGAUGUUUUUACCAAAGAGGCAUGCACUUUAUUGGGUUUAAGUGUGGAUAGCCCAUUGUCUGUGUGCGUGAAUGCAGGAUGUACAGCAUUGCCUGCAUUACUCAACAUAAAACAAGUAAUGCAGCAGAGACAAGUCACUGGCAUUUGGAAUGGAAAAGAUGAGCUUCCAAUUGAAAUAGACUUGGGUAAACAGAGUCGUUACCAUUCGGUCUUCGCAUGCCCCAUAUUACGUCAACAGAGCACUGAGAAUAAUCCCCCAAUGAAAUUGGUUUGUGGUCACGUGAUAUCCAGGGAUGCACUUAAUAAAUUGACAAACUCCAACAAGAAUCAAUUCGUUUCCAGGCUCAAGUGUCCAUACUGCCCCGUGGAGCAAAAUCCAGAGGACGCAAGACUUAUUUACUUCUGAACUGCAAUAUUAUUGUUGGAAUAAAUCAAUACUAAUCGUUUUUCAAUUGAAGUUCUCCAUGAAAUUCUUCGAUUGUUUAGAAAUUACCAGUGAUAAAAAAAUUGGUUGUGUAUUUUUAGCACAGCAAAUAUGGAACCUUUUUUUAUUUUUACCUUUCAUCUGUUAGUCGAUGAGCGGAUUUCAUGCAAACCCCAAUUGUCAUAAUAGAAGCCGUAAAGAGUUGUAUUUGAGAAAAUGAAACAAAACAGAAAGAAUGUCGAUAAUUUCAUAGUUUCGUACGAAUUGGUCAUUUCUUAUAAGUUGACAAUUUUAAAGAUAUAACGAAUGAUCUAAGGUCAUUAGUUUAUAAUAAAAAUUGAUUCAAAGUGUGUUGAGUUUACCAGCUAUUAUGAAGGGAACUAGAUAGAUUUUUAUUGCACUCACCGACCCUCAUAAUAUUUUGUAAGAGAUAAUGUAAGUAUAGUUAAUGAAUUUCAAUCGAAAUGCGUAAUGAAAAAUUUUAUAAGUCACGCUGAAUAGUGUGCUGAAAUAAAUCUUUAAGUAAUAAAAUAUAUAAAACUCAAAACUA